CGGUGCAUGCUGGAGCCCGUAGUCCCAGCUGCAGGGAGCGGUCCGGGGCCGCGGGUCUCGGCUGUGGGAGCGGGAGGAGCUCGGCGCAGCCCAGGCCGGGGAAGCUGCGGUUGGAUGCUCUGCCCUGAGCAGGGCUGAGUUCUGGGCCCGGGGCCUCCUGGAGCGGGGUCUGUGAGGCAGCGUCGCUGGCAGCCCUCGGAGCGCGACGGUCCCGCAGCCGGGACUUGAGCGACUUAUGACCAUUCCUAUCCUGCCCUCCCCAUCCAGCAAUUCGUGACCCCUCCCCAACCACGGCGGAAUCCAUCAAACCAACCCUCUGCAGAGUCGUCAUCUACUUGCGGAAGGAGAUGUCUGGGGACACGUGCCUGACCACCAUCUGCCGGUCUUCAGGAGCCAAGCCCAAAACCUGCAGCUUCAGAGAGGGUAGCCUGGGAAACAAGUACGUGCGGCUCAACGUUGGGGGCUCCUUGUACUACACCACAGUGCAGGUGCUGACCAGGCAUGACACCAUGCUGAAGGCCAUGUUCAGUGGCAGGAUGGAAGUACUGACUGACAAGGAAGGGUGGAUCCUUAUAGACCGUUGUGGGAAACACUUCGGUGUGAUUUUAAAUUACCUCCGAGACGACACUAUCGCACUUCCAAAAAACAGGCAGGAGAUCAAAGAGUUGAUGGCAGAAGCGAAAUAUUACCUAAUUCAGGGUUUAGUAGACAUGUGCCAGGCAGCUCUCCAGGACAAGAAAGACUCAUACGAGCCCGUCUGUAACAUCCCCAUCAUCACGUCUCCAAAGGAGGAAGAGAGGCUCAUCGAAUCCUCCAUGAAACCUGUUGUCAAGCUGCUUUAUAACAGGAGCAACAACAAAUAUUCCUACACCAGUAACUCGGACGAUAACUUGCUGAAGAACAUAGAACUGUUCGAUAAACUUUCUCUCCGCUUCAAUGGCCGAGUCCUCUUCCUUAAGGAUGUUAUAGGGGAUGAAAUCUGCUGCUGGUCUUUCUACGGACAGGGGCGGAAGCUUGCUGAGGUCUGUUGCACCUCGAUAGUGUAUGCCACGGAAAAGAAACAAACCAAGGUUGAGUUCCCUGAAGCGCGUAUCUACGAGGAGACACUAAACGUUUUACUUUAUGAAACUCCACGCGUACCUGACAACUCCCUGCUGGAGGCAACGAGCAGGAACCGAAGCCAGGCAUCUCACAGUGAGGACGAUGAGGGCUUUGAACUGCGUGACCGAGUGCGCCGCAUCCACGUGAAGAGAUACAGCACUUACGAUGACCGGCAGCUUGGCCACUAGCCUGCUGGCAGAGGAGAAAUGGUUUGCUGUGUUCAUAGAGCUUAACGAAUAUGCGGAGUUAGUCCGGGAAGCAGGGGAUUGAUCCUCAGAUGGUUUCAGUGCUUCCUAGAGAAGCAGCUCGGCAUCAGUGCGUGCAAACCAACGGCAAUAUUUAAGGCCAGAGGCUUUUAGAGUCAUUGUGACAUGUUACUUGUGCACCAUGUGAUGUAAAUAGAGCAGUUCUUCAUAUGCUGCGGAUAGGCGGGGAUCCCAAGAACCUGCCUGAGGAGCUCAUUUGUUCUGAUAUAGGUUGCAACCAUGAGGCAUUGUCUGCCUUGUGAGAAGCGAUGUAUUUUUCUAUUUGUUUGAAAACCCAUUGCCAGAGACAUCCUAAGAGCUGUGUGCCCUGGAAUUGCUUAGUUUUUAAAUUUUCUUACAAAGGACGCCCUGUGGGAUUCGAACACUAGCACGUUUAGCAAGUGCUACCUCUCACUGGCAAAGCUACUCUUUCCUUAUGGAGCAAGUAGUUAGAUUCCCAUGGCAUGAGAGAGAGAGUGUUUCCCCUUUUGUGCAAGGAUCACCCUUGGUGCUGAAACUGCUUAGCCUGUCUCACUUUAAGCCAAGUUUUUAGGACUCAAGCUAACAAAUGGUCCAAAUGGGGGAAAUUUAGAGAGUAAAUAUUAAAUGACGUGAUUAUUAAGAAAAAAAAAUCCUAAUGGUGAGGGGGGUGGGGGUGGUGAAGCUUACAAGAAAACAGAGCCCUGGUGAAAUCAUGGGCAUGGUGAGACCUCUACCCUCUGGGGCUUUGGGUGGGGUGGGAACCCUGUGUUAAUAGAUCCUGAAGAAUUGAGGGAAUCUCUCUAGAAUUAGUCACUAGAUCAAGAGGGCCCUUAAGCACUGCUUGGUGUCAUCUUUCCUCAUGCUAGGAAAAGACAGGGUGAUUGAGGGAAAAUAACUAAAGUGUAGACCAAAGAAAGCUUCUUUGCGCAUUCACUCUUGCACAGUUGAGGUUGUCCAUGUGUUUCUGCUCUAAGUCCCCUCUGAGGCCAGAAGGUGGGAAUGGAGGGAUAGUGACCAUUACACCUUGUUAUACAGUGGAGCUCUGUCUCUGCACAGCCCCAGGAGAGGGACUUUUUAUAUUAAAUUUUAAACUGUUUCUUCAGCUGACUUUUU